AACGAAUAAACUGCGUACUGUCGUGUCUUUAAACACGCCGCACCGAGACACGCCGUACAUGAUUGAAACCGGAGUGCCCGGAGAAAACCCACGCAGGCACGGGGAGAACAUGCAAACUCCACACAGGCGGGGCCGGGGAUUGAACCCACGUGUGUUGGUGGUCACCGGACAGGAGAGGACGUUCGUUUAAGGCUUGCUUCAGAACUCGUUGAUUUAAUGGGUCCAAUUAUUGGGAUGUCACCAGACAAGAAAACGGAAAUUCCGGAUAUGCAAGAGGGGCGGACAUGGCUCCGAGGAGUUUGUGGAGUGGGAACACUGCCUGAAGCAGAGUGCGCUUCCAGUCCCCUUGCGACCAGCGUGGAUCGGACUGGAGGUACUGAAGAUGAAGAACUCACCAACCUCAACUGGCUCCAUGAGAACCUGCUUCAGAACUUCACGUUGGGAGGUCCCGAAGCUCAACCCAGUGGCAGCCCCCUCUUUGACAUCGAGGGAGAUUAUGGAUCCAACCAGGGAACUUUAACCUCCGCCACAGCCUCAGCUCACAGUAGGGGUCGGGAGCGGGACUCGUUGAAGUCCAAACCCCCUUUCUCGUUUUCGCUCCUCAUCUACAUGGCCAUUGAGCAAUCUCCUAGCAAAUCUUUACCUGUCAAAGAAAUCUAUGGCUGGAUUCUUGAGCACUUCCCUUACUUCUCCAACGCUCCCACUGGAUGGAAGAACUCAGUGCGUCACAAUCUCUCCCUGAAUAAAUGUUUCCGCAAGGUCGAAAGGAGUUUAGGAAAGGCCAAUGGAAAAGGUUCUCUUUGGUGCGUCGACCCAGAAUACCGCCCCAACCUGAUCCAAGCCCUUAAGAAGCAGCACUUUCCCGCCGCACAUGCCUUCUGUACACCACCCGCCUCCCCGCCCAGUGCCUCCUCACCCCCUCGUCAUCUCUUUCUGCAAGGUUGCUCAUUUAAAGAGUCUGAUAUUGAUGCUGCCACUGCCAUGAUGCUCUUAAACUCUGCCCCAGGGCACCACGUUGACCCAUGCAAUUCUGACAGCCCACUGGACCUCUCCAGACCCGACUCAGUGCUGGUGAGCAGCGAUCCAAAGCAGGACCACAACUACAGCAGUGUCGCCCUGCAGCGCUGCUCCUCCCGGUCUUCCUCCUCCUCCCUGUCCUCCUUAGAUGAAGGAGGCUGCGACCGCAGGCAGUCCCGCCGCGCCGGCAGCGAGGGCUUCCACAGCGACGAGGACUCCGACCUCUGGGAUGAGAGAAGCGCAAACCAAACGCAGCGCCGCCCGCCAGCCAUCAAGUGGCCUGUCGGCAAAAGGCCGCGACGCGAGGUCAAGCUGGAGCUGGAUGAUGAGCUUAAAGAGGCCGCUGGUUCUUUGCUGCACCUCGCUGGUAUACGCAGCUGCACGGAGGGCUCCAAACGCAAUGUCAAGAGCACAAAACUUAACAGGAAAUAAAAAAUAAUAAAAAAGACCCCGAAAAAAAAAUACCCCGUCAUCAGACUCCGGACCCUGUGAACCGUCACCUCUGUCGUGUGUCCCGGUGUGCCUCCUUCUCCUUAUCUCAUCGAAUAUUGGCCAUUUUGAGCCUUUCUUUCGUUGUUUGUUUGGGAUAUCUCUGUCCAACAAAACAAAUGGCAAUAGUAUUGUUCACACAGGAGAACAAAGCCAUAAAGAGACUUUUGCAGUUUCGGAGCGGUCACAGCAUAUUGCGGGGUGUCUAGGCUAUGGUGAACUGAAUCCAAAAUGACCUGCCUGCUUCUGUCGAAAUAGACGAUGGUGAAUCAAGAUUUUCUUUUUCCUCUGAAAAAUGGGAAAGGGUUUUCUAACUCAAAGCGUUGCAUGCUUCCUCCUCAAACCUGUAUCCUCUUCCAAGUGAAUCUAUGUAUGAAGUGAACGAGUGCAUGUUUGUAACGGACAAAAGCUAACCUCCUGGUGUUACAAGUUUCCCCUCUUGUGCUAAAAAGAAAAAGAAAAUAUGGCAAAGUUUUAAAACAACUUGUGCUCUACACCUCCUCUUGAGAGAGAGAUGCAAUAAUAAUUCCACAACCUUAACUUUUUCCCCAUCAUUUAAUAUUGUGACUUUUCCUGCCCCAGAGAUGCUAGUUAAGAUGCAAUUAAGCGAAUUAAAUAGUGUUAGUCUUGUUAUGCCAUGAACAUAAAUGACACACAAGUUCUAACUGAGGAUUAGCAAAAUCUCGGAAUACUAUUUACUCUGCCACUGCCAAAUUUUACUUGCAAACUUUGCCACUCUGCUAUGCUCUGUUUUGGUCUGUUAAUCACUUUCAUCCACCAGUGUGUUUUCCAUUUGCGGCGCAGACGUGUCAAAUGAAAUGAACAUCUGGCUCUUCACUGUUCACUGUGUGUGCAUAGGAUUUCCUCCAUAGUUUUUACUGGGGUUUUUUUUGUGUGGUUUUUUUUCGUUUGCUUUAGUCCAAACCCAAGGUGAGAUGAGAGGAUCAGUUGCUCUUCCCAUGCAAAAAAAAAAAGUAGCCAUGCUGCUCAACUCAUUGUGUAGUCACCCUUGUGGAUUGGAUGGUAAAUAGCCACCUGUACUGUAUUUGCAGUUUAUUCCUUGUCGAAUUCUGGUGCAAGGUCUGUUUAAUUUGGGAGAGAGUUGCAGUAGAGCUUGUCAAAAGAAUGAUAAACUUGACAGUACAGUCAUUGUUCCACAUAACUGGAAUCCAUAUGAAGAUGUGUGCUUCUCUUGUGAUUGGCCCUCACUUCCGGUCGGCCACCCGUGUUCCUCUAUCUGCACUUCCUCCUUAAAACAAAAUAAGGAAGUAGAAAUCCCCCUCAAGCUGUGAAAUGUGGUGUUUACUGUCAGCAGAUUACAUUCGGCUCACUGCGAGAGGUUGCAAGCCACAUUUCUCAUUUGGGUUUUAUAAUCAAAAGUACAUCACAAUCAGAGGAAACCAGACAUGCACAAUAGCAAUCUCAUCACAUGUGAGUAAAGAAAAAGUGCCACAGUGGGUUAUAGUAGCUACAAGUAUAUCAUGCAUAGUCAGUGCCAAACAUUUUACUGUGCCACUGAUGUAAAACUGCAAGGGGCCAUGGUCACUAUGUUUCCCUGUUACCACAAUAUAGUUAUAGAGAGUCAUGACUUGAUGUCCCAGUUUUCUGAACCCCAUUAACAGGAAAUGCGACCAGACUCUGGACAGUGUAGUGACGCAACCAGUCCUUUGGUUUAUUUCAGCCACUUUAUGGUUGGAUCUGUUCAAAGUAAGCUGCAGAUGUACAGUAAUUCUUGCAUACACUGGUCUUAUUUUGCUGUGAAAGAAGAACAAUUGUUCAUGAAUCGUUACCUUAUUUAUAACAUUAAUUUAUGAGGUGGAAACGCCAUCAAACACUGGUCAUCCGAAAGGAAUGACGCACAUUUUUUUUUCUCGAGAAGUAUUUUGUCUUGCUCUGCUUUUUAUUUUACAGCAAUACACCCUAUUUUCCCUCUUCUAAUGUGUUAUAUUAAGUAUUUUUGCCAAUUGUCCAUAGAUCGGGUGUUUUAUUUUUGUUUGUUUUUGCAAUUUAACGAUGACUGCCAGGUUUUCUUUUCUUUGUGUUAGUCUGGAUAGAAAAUGUUGAUUAACAUUCAUACAAAACCCUUCUUUUGCUGCCAAAUUUGAUAUACAACUUGGGUGGUGCAAAAUGGCACAUGUUCCUCUUGUGCUAGAGAAUUUCUGAUAUAAUCAUUUUACAUUUUGUCUCCAUGUGUAUGUUAAGAUAUUUUUUUACUUGAGCUAACUACAUAAAACUACUGCCACUCA